CUGUCACUGGACCAGACCCUCAUGCUGUCUACGUGCAAGUCAUGACGCGCAUGCGCAGCCACUCAAACAGUUUUGGUUACACGAGUUUACGUUCUCUUCACGGCUCUGUAAAAUCCUGCUACUGCAGAAUAACUACGAUCUCUUGGAUACAUUAUAAUAAGCUGUUCAGCACAGCUUGUAGUAGUGACCAGAAGGCGUGCUAUUCAAACAACAUGCCGCUGUAAACCUGUGUCCACUGGAAGCUAGCUGUGCUACGUGCUAAUGUUAUGGGACUGAACCGCAGGAAAACGCCGCCUGUGAUUGACAGCACACUCUCUGCGUUGCGUUACACAUUCAGCCGGGUUGCUCGUGGAAUGGGGCAGUGGAAACUUUGGUUGGUUUAAUUUGCUCCAACAGGGAAAGAGGAAGCAGGAGGCGCCGCUCCAGGCCUUCGGUCACGUCGCACUCGACUUCAGUGACCGAUACUAUAUUAUAACAUGGGGACCUGAAGUGAAUUCAGCAAACAACAUUUAGCCGCAACAUUUCGGACUUUGCUCUUUAAAAUGGCCGGUUUUACGGAUUUGCGGGAGAAGCUGAAGUCGAUGACACCGCACAGGGACACAGUUUUCGAGCACAGCAACGGCGAGAAGCGCAAAUACCGCGAGUCGGACGACGACGAUGAUAGUGAGUACGAGGAGCGCAGGGACGCGGAGGCGCGCAAAGUGAAGAGCGGCAUUAAGCAAGCGAGUAUUUUCACGCAGGAGGAGUGCGCGCUCAUCGAGGCAAAGAUUGACGAGGUGGUUGCCAAAGCAGACAAGGGGCUCUACAGGGAGCACACGGUGGACCGGGCGCCCCUGCGGAACAAGUACUUCUUCGGGGAGGGCUACACAUACGGCUCGCAGCUCGAGAAGCGCGGCCCCGGGCAGGAGCGCCUGUACUCCAAAGGCGAGGUGGACGAGAUCCCGGACUGGGUGCACGAGCUGGUCAUCGAUCGCCUCGUGACGCACGGCGUCAUACCGGAGGGCUUCGUUAAUAGCGCCGUGAUUAAUGACUACCAGCCCGGGGGCUGCAUCGUGUCCCACGUGGACCCCAUCCACAUCUUCGAGCGACCGAUCGUGUCCGUGUCGUUCUUCAGCGAUAGCGCGCUCUGCUUCGGCUGCAAGUUCCAGUUCAAGCCCAUCCGGGUGUCCGAGCCCGUGCUGCACCUGCCCGUGAGGCGCGGCAGCGUCACUGUCCUCAGUGACUACGCGGCCGAUGACAUCACGCAUUGCAUCCGCCCACAGGACAUCAAGGAGAGGAGAGCUGUCAUCAUUCUCAGAAAAACAAGGCCUGAUGCCCCUCGCUUGGACUCCGAUUCACGGAGCCCGUCCAUCCACUCUUCUGAGAGACGACACAUACUCAAAGCCAAACGCUCACACCGCAAGGCUGACCCAGAUGCGGCACACAGGCCUCGUAUUUUAGAGAUGGACAAAGAGCUGCAGAGGCGUUCGCUCUCCUCCCGACAGAGACGUCACGGCGACAGCAGUUCAGAAAACUCCUGGAGGAGAACUGAAGAGAGAGAGCCGGGCUCGCGCCACACACACGACCACGCACCCACGCGACGAGUCAAGAUGAGGCGUCACUGAGACGCAAUCAGAACUCCUCAGACGCCUUUACGUUUGCUCAAGCCAACAGUGACUCAGUAGAAGAGAUGCUUCUGGUGUGUGUGCACUCAAGGACGUUAGACGCUGGCUGCUUGAUCUAUCUAUUCAGACAUAUCAAAAAUUAUACUUUAAUAUCCACUAUAUUUUGUUCUGUGUGUUUAAAGGAAAUGUACGGAAUAAAAAUACAUCUAAACUGACAUGGAAUUCAAUCAUAAUUCACCAUUUCACAACCGUCAUGCAUAUAUAGCUCAUUCACAUAAGAUCAAAUACAACUGUGUGUUGGUCCUCUUUUUCAAAGGGAGAUUUUUGAGAAGUAAACUUGGGUGAUUUUUUUUUCUUUUUUUUCUGGCUUUUAGAAUUUUGUUUAAUAAAUUCUAAAACAAGCUUAGAACAGGCCAUUGAAUAAUAAGUUUUGAUUUAUCAAAAUCCUGAAAGUCAGAGAAAGCGAGAGGGAAAACAAAUCGCACGCUUUGUUAAUGCUGACAGUUAAGUUAAUACCAUUAUGAUAAAAUGUGUAUUUGAUUUCCUCCCAGUAGCUUCUCAGUGCUUUUCCCCCCAGUGAAGGGUGGUAUAGCCAUGGUAACUAGUUCUGUUUGACAACCAUCCUGUUUAGAUGAUUUACUUCUGAUGAAAAGACUUCAUUCAUGCCAACAUUACAUCUGUCAUUCAAGGGCUGUAUGAGACUCAUGAUGGCAACCGUUCAUGUUUUAUUUAUGUUCAUACUGUUUAGUUCUGGGAUUGAAUGGAAGUGGCGAACAAGUAUGAAAAGAUGAUAAAGUGUGUCCCAUUGCAGUUUGUUUAAUAGAAAAAAUACGAUUGACUACAAAAGACUUCUUUGUAUUCAUUAGGCUGACAUGAGACUGUUUUUGUUUAAAGGUUGAAAACAUACGGAGUGGAUUUGGCUGCAUAAAAGAUUAAAAAGGCACUCUGUUUUGGAGGUUCUAUGUUCAUUUGUUAUUUUUCUAGUUCUUAAUGUUGUAUUGUUUUGUAGUUAACUUUUAAAUUCCAAACGUUUUAAAGUUCAUUUUUCAGUUCAAAUUUACUUUGUCCAUUAAUAUGGAAUAGGAACAUCAUUAUCAGGUUAUACGUAAUUUUACAUGCAUCAGAACGUUUUAACAGUCAUAAUUUGCACUAUGCACUGUUUUAUUUGGUACAGAAAACAAAAUGUAAAUAUUUCGUGUGGCUAUGCAACCUUGAAUAAUUACCCAAUAAAAUCCCACAGGUUAUUUCUCCAA